AUGACCCAGCGCUCUGACGCCUCCGUGCACGUGUUGCGGGUCGACGAGCUCGAGUUAUCAGCCCCUGCAGCAGCCGAGAUGGCUACGAAGCAGCCCCAGUCCCCCCUGCAGGAGGAAGGUACCGCUACCCAGACGCAAGAGGUAGCUACUCAGCCCCAGGAAAAUGGAAGGAAGAAGGCCGCCACCACUCUCCUCGAUGAGGCGGUGGAGAUGGACCUGGGGGAGUGGCAUCACCUCCUCUCCAUACACUGCCACAAUAGCUUCACAGUGAUGGCGGCAGGUGACCAGAUAUUGUUGAUGGCGGCGGCGGCGUUGAUGGCGGCCGUUGCCAUCACACAGGGGAGCAACCUCGGCGGCGGCGGCAACCAGAUAGGCGGCUCUGGUGGGGGCUUUGGCGGCGGUGAUAGCGGCUUCGGGGACGGCUUUGGCGGCGGCGAUGGCGGCUUCGGCGGCUCCUAUAGCGACGGCGGCGGCGGCGGAGGUGGUGGUAACUUAGGGAAUGACUUUGGUUUCUCCCACGGCGGUGGUUUUGGAGGAGGAGGGGGAGGACACAUAAUUGGAGGAGGAGGAGGGGGAGGAGGAGGAGGGGCAGGAGGAGGAGGAGGAGGAGGCGGCACAAUAGGAGGUUUAUACGGCACCCCAAACCAAGGAGGAGGGGGCGGAGGGGGUGACUGCAGGCCUAACGUGCAGAUCUCCGUGGUGACAGCGACGCAGUUCAUCCCCACCACAGUAGUGAGCACCCGCACGCGCGCCAUCCCCACGACCAUCUUCCGGGAGAUCACACGCACCCGCAUCAUCGCCUCCACCAUCGUGCAAAGGGAUGUCGUUACCUCAACACCGCCGCCCAUUAUACAAACACAAACGCAGCUACUGACGGAGACCAAGUACGUGACCCGCGCCCAGAUCCUGACCGACACCCAGUUUCUGACGCAGACGCAGUUCCAGAGGGUGACCGAGACCUCAUUCUCCACAAGGAUCCAGGUGUCCACGACGACCCUGGUGCAGGUGAUCACGAGGACCGAGCAGAACAACCAGAUCCAGACGCAGUUCCAGACCGUGUUCCAGACCCGCACGGAGACUCAACAGGUGACGAGGACAGUCCAGGUGCCUCGGUACUUCACCCAGACGCUCACCUCACACUUCCCCGUCACCGAGACCUCCAUCGCCACGCAGAACCACUACUCCACCGUCACGCAGACCAUCACCAUCCCCUCCAACUGCGGCGGCGGAGGUGGUGGCGGCGGUGGUGGUGGUGGUGGUGGUGGUGGGUUUGGUUAUUCGUAUUAGGUAGUGUGUGUUUAGGUGAGAAUUUUUAUAUAUGUCUUUUCUUUAUUUUGUCUGUCCUGUGAGUCUUUGUGUGUGUGUCUGUGUGUGUGUGUGUGUGUGUGUGUGUGUGUGUGUGUGUGUGUGUGUGUGUGUGUUUGCGUUUAACCUCUUUGCUGUGCUGUUUUGUAUGUGAUAAUAUAUAACUUAACUUUUGCCUCUCUGACCUUCCUUUGAAAUUCCCCUUCCCUCCUUUUCCCUUCUUCCUCCUCCUUCUACGUAAAUCUUCAGCUUAUUUCCCUACUGUCUAAUUCCCCUUCCUCUCCCUCCCCUUACUCUUUGUCCUUUCCCACUUAUCCCCCUUUUCUUCUUCCCUUCCCUUGUUUUCCAUUACUAAGAGAUAUCACUUAUUUAUCGACUCAUACAAACCAACAGCAUCUACUUAACUGUGUGUUCGUUUAGAAGGGAGAGCCUGUGAUAUGGGCGUCUGUUCUCAUAUUCUAAUCUUUACUUAUCUUUUGUGUAUACUCUGUCUGUAUUAACACUAAGUUUUAUAUGUAUAUCUGAAGAGCGGUGUGUAAAUGUCCUCUGGUUGUCUUGUUUUGCUUCGUGAUGCCUCGUGCGUGAUUAGAUGAUUUUUUUUAAGAUAUGUUCAUUAUUUCUAUUAUAUUUCUAUUGUAUAAUUAUGUGAUUCUUCCACUUUUUCGACGUGUAUCUGUUUAGUCUCUCUCUCUCUCUCUCUCUCUCUCUCUCUCUCUCUCUCUCUCUCUCUCUCUCUCU